AUGAAUAGUAAUGUUAUAGUUGUUGAAAUUUAUAGGUCAAGAGAAUUUUAAACUUUUUAUUAAAAGAUGCAUCAUAUAAAAACAAUUGCAAAUUAAAUUCAUUUUGCUACAAAUUCAGUGGUCAAUUAAUUGUUUUAAUAAUUAAAAUUAUUGCUAGUAAUAAUAGUUGAAUUUAAUAUAUUGUAUAAUAUAUUUCAUGUGAUUCCCAAAAAUACCCAAUUAGAAAUCAAGGUUUCAUAUGAGAUGAAGAAAUUUGUUGGCUCUAGUAUUAAUAAAUUAUGUUGGCACUAAUCCUACUGUAUUUUAAGUUUAAUCUCCUUUUUUGAAGAUUUAAAACAAAUUAUCAAUCUUAUAUUUGAAUAAGUUAGGCUUCAGACUAAUGUUCAGAGAAGUUGAUUUACUAUAAUAAAUUAGGGUUCAAGUUCUGAGAUUAUUGGUUGAUUAAAUAUUCUAAGAAAUAACAUAACAUGGUUUCAUUCAUGCCUAAUCAGAUCAAAAGCAUCUGAAAAGGCUUGGGUAUCAAGAUAUUCAAAAAGAAACGAAUAAUGCUAUCUAUGACAUAUAUUUAUAAUAUUAUAAGG